UUUGCAAAAAUAACAAAUUUAAGAAAUACUCAUUUUGUCGCCUCCAAAACAUUUUCUCUUCUCCUGAAUUAUAAAAAUAUCGAAAAAUGGCCGUCGAGGUUUGGUUAGGUGCAUAUUUUAAAGUGACAUUCAUAGGUGCGAUUACAAAACUCAGUCAGAAAGUGGUUGAGAACCGUUUCAUGCUAUCAGCACGCUGACAGCACGGAUCUCGAAAACACCCUAUAUAAGAUAUACCGCGUAGACUGACGCCUCGUGCACUGUUAAAUAAUCAAGUAUUAUUACUGUUAAGAGACUAUUAAGUUGUGUUCAAAGAGUUCAACCAAAGUGCCUAAAAUAUAAGAGUUAAUUAAAGAGUAUUUGUGACUGUGUUUUAUUGUUCCUCAAAAAGUGUCUCCUACAGGUUAUGGGCCCAGGGCACGCUUUCCACUUCGCUUGUGAAAACUGAAACGUCCUUGGCAAAACGUCGACACAAAAGUAAAAUCGCAAAAUUUAGAAGGUCAGUAUCUUUACGAUAAUAACUAGAGAAAAACUUAGAGAUAAUAGAAUUAGAGAAAACGACAUUUAGAGAAAAUAACCUUAAAGGUUAAUUUUAGACGGACGGCAUGGUGUUCAUGUCCAAGUUUUUCUCACUUCCGGUUUACACCAACCGUAAUUCAUGUUUUUCUUUAAAUUAAAAUUAAAAGAAGAAUUAAAUUUACUGCAAAGUGAAUUUUAAGAGAAUAAACAAAAUUCUAAUUUUUCUCUAAAAGAAUAAAUUUUGAGCAUUACCACAAAAAAUUAACGAAAAUUAAUUUUCAAUAAUAGAGGUUAGAAUCGUCAAAGAGAAAUAACACUAGAAUAAAUAAAUAAAUGAAAUUUUUAUUGCGAGGUCGAUUGAUGAAUGAAACUUGCUGUGCGGUGAAUUUUGUCCGUCGACUAGGGGGCCGGUAUAAAUUUGCGGGGCUCUCGAACACGUGCAUGGCCAACCUGAAAUCUAACAGGUCUUGAAGCCGUGCUCAAAACCACAAAGUUGGAGAAAAGGUGUGUGUGUUCGUGUAGUCGCGCCGAGGAAUACAGGCUCCCGCCUCGAUUUGCGAUGGAUUGCUGUGCGUCCAUUGUGGAUCGGUGGCUAGAAAUAUUUUUCCUUAAAAUUAUCUUAUUAAAUACUUAGAGUAUACCUGGUAUUUGAAUUAUUUUAAGAAUAAAUAAAAAAAAAUUUUUUUUCUUUGAAAAUUUAAUUAAGGAAUAUAUGUUUUCAUAAACUCGCAAUAGAUGGCAGAGAAGAACACAUCACCAUUUUUUGAAUUUCAAAACAAUCCACUUGUGGGAUAUAGCUCAGAUGAUGAGUUAUCAAUUAACAACGAACGAUACAAAGAGGAAUUAGAGCAUACCGAUCCAGUUCAACCAGAUGAAGAGAAUCUCGAUGAAGUUAUAGAGAAACUUGAACGAGAUAGAGAUUCUGGAAAAGAGCAUAAAGAGGAAAAUAAAGAGAAAAACACAGGAACAAAAACUAAAGAGAUGCCGGAAAGGAAUCUUCCGAAGAUUACAAAUAAUCAACUUAUUCAAACCACAAACUUAAGUGUUAUUCAACACGAAUAUACAAAACUACGCAAAUUACAAGAGGAAUCCGUCAUCAGGAUGAGAAGUUCUCUAAAUACCUUGGAGAAAGUGCUGGUUGAGAGCAACCAAAUGCUCGCUCAUAUGGUCCAGUUAUCCAACAACAAUUUAGAGGUUGAACGUCUUCGACUUAGAAGUUUAGAGUUAGAGGCCGAGAGGAAAAGUGAAAAGAAAGAGGAACCUAGAGCUCAACGAUCCAGAGUUAUUCAAAAUCUAGAGACACGUUGCCACCGAUGCAACGGAACCGGACACUGGGCAAAGGAUUGCCAUCUUAAAAACUGCGACCAGUGGUUUUGCUAUUAUUGCCAAAAAAUAGCUAACCACAAAGGCGAUGAUUGUCCCACUGUUCGCAAACAAUCAAACGACAGAUAUAGAGAUAAACGUGGAAACUAACAAGAGUAACUACAAAAGAGGAUCGUUUAAAGAGAAACUAGAGGACUGAUGUAAAGAAGAUAUUUUUUUUUAAUCACUUAUUCUUAAUCAUAAUGUUAUAUUCGUUUAAAUAUUUGUAUGUUUUAUAAAUCGACAAAGGGAGGGAGUGUGAGAAUUAAGAUUCGAACUUUGUCGAUAUCUGGCGCGAACGCCAUUUUAUAUCGAUAGUAUCGACCGUUGUCGAUACACGCCUACGUUCACGUUGUUCGACCGUGAAGCUCUCUCGACUAAGAUAUACCGCGUAGACUGACGCCUCGUGCACUGUUAAAUAAUCAAGUAUUAUUACUGUUAAGAGACUAUUAAGUUCUGUUCAAAGAGUUCAACCAAAGUGCCUAAAAUAUAAGAGUUAAUUAAAGAGUA